GAGUACACUGUUUACCCCAACUCCACCAGCCACCCCAACGGCCUUCAGUAAGUACUUGUUUCCUUGUACCUUUCUCGUAUCUGUCUGUCAUUCCCUUCCCUUUCCUGUCCCCAGAGCAGAGUGGUAGUAGUGGGGGAACAUGUGCGAUACAUGCCUCACUCGGUCGGUGCCUUGAGUUCAAGACACGAGCCGUCGUUCUUCCAUUCUCUGUUCUCUAUCUGUCUGUUGUUGUCUGUCUACCUACCUACCUACCUACCUACCUUUCCUUGUCUCAUCAUAGCAUCUUCUCCCAUCUCUUCCCUCGACACAACAUCCAUGAGUGUGUGCGUGUGUGUCUGUGUGUGUUUGGGACGGACUACCUAGGUUACUACUGCUGCUACUCGCCUAGCUACUAGCGACCAGUCGGCUCGGCUUGAGAGACCACUAGUGUGGUCUGCGUAGUCGGCCCUGCACGAGAAAGCGAUCCAGGUCCCCGUCACCCACCAGCAUCCCGUCGUCGUGUGUCUUUCCCCUUCCCACGCCCGCGCGCAUCAAUCACUUUUACAUGAUACAUGCUCCUUCCUCUCUCAGACCUUCCCCAUCGACCAUCACUUUGGUUUCUUCGCCAUCAUUCAUGUACCCCAUCUCCAUGCCCAUGUACUCGUCGCGUGCCAUCCUGGGCCUUGUUUGUCCUCCUCUUCUUCGUCUGUAGUGUUUGCCGAGUCGACGGGACACUUGCAAGACUUGGACAAAGAACGAGUACGAGUAACGACUCGCUUAUCCGGGUACCAGCUACUCCUACAAACUGCUGUACUGUACGAGCGGCAGUGCAAGCAAGCAAGCAAGCAACAGGAGCAGGCAUACCGACAUUAGCAGCCGAGGGCACGAAAGACGUUGGGACUGGACUCCUUGUCGCGCUAGCAUCAGUCCGUCAAAAAGUCGACGCAAGGACGGGCAUCAUCCGUUUGACAGACUGACGGGACCUCUCUGUCUCUUGUCUCUCUUUUCCCCCCCUGCCGCCUACCUCUACAGUACAUCUACCUACAACACGCGCCGCCGCUGGCCGAGACCCUGCCUGGACUUGGACUUGACCAGACACGGAUGAAAGUGGGUUGGAUAGACACCUACCUCCCCUCUACUUCUGUCGCCUGGCUGGCCUUCGUACCUCUGCAUAUUAUUACCCACGCACAGAAACAAUUGCCAUCCUUUGACUCGGCCUGUUUCGUCAUCCUUUCCCACCCGUCGGUCAUCGGCGCGCGCCAAAAAGCUACCUCUCGGGCCUUGUUUCGAUACCUUCCUUAGUUGAUCCCCGCCAUUGCCCUUGGAACACCCCUUCUUUUCUUCGUCCCAUCAACAACACUCACUACACGUACCCGUCCGUGUUCGCGCGGUCACGUCUGUCGACUGCGACCCCUGCUGUCGCGGUGCAGCCUGGUGCUUCGUGCCCCAGGCCGACCCGAGGACGCAGCGACCCAUCGCAUCGCGACCCGCACGCAACCCGCAAACCCACCACCGUCCGUUGCCAGCAUGAAGAAACAACAACAACAGCAGCAGCGGGUCCCUAAUGACGUUCAUGCUCAGGCAUGGCGUCAACCCACGCCGUCAAUGCCGGCGCUGCCACAGCACCAUCUUCCUCCGCAUCAGCAGCAGCAGCAGCAGUUGCAGCCGCAACAACAAUCACAACAACAACAAACCGCGUUUGCUAACCAACCCGCCUGGUAUCCCAGCCCGAACCACUAUGCCCAGCAGCCCGAGUUGACUCGUCGCGACCAGCCGCCCAUGGACUUUCGCGCCUACGCCCAGAGCCAGCCGCAGCCGCCGCAGCAGCAACAUGCCCAACAUCAACAACAUCACCAGCAGCACCAGUCCCCGCACCAGCAGCACGCCCAGCACCCACAACACCAUCAGGCCGCCCCCGUCCAGCCGUCCAUGUCCCAUGCCCCACAACCCCAAGUGACGCCGCAACAGCCAGCCCAGCAGCAGCAACAACAACAACAGCCUACCCCCGUUCCUGCUCCCGCCCAGCCAAGAGGCCGUAAGCGCAACGCUCCCGGCGCGCAACCUUCUCCCCAUCCCCAACACGCUCCUCAGAUCGCCCACGCGCCGCCACACGCUCCUCAACACCAAGCGCAACAUGCUCCUCCACACCACGCGUCGCAAUCCGGCCAGCCUCAGCAUGCGUCCGUUCCCCAGCCCCCUCAACAACAGCAGGCUCAGCAGCAACAGCCCCAGGUUCAGCCUCACCAAGCUGCCCAAACUGCUCCCCCGGCGCAGCAGACUCCGGUCCCUCCUCCGGCCGCUCAGCCUGUCCCCGUUCCCCAGACCCAGGCUCCCGCUUCGGCUCCAGCUCAGGCUCAGCCUGCUGCCCCCGUCUCUGCCCCAGCCACCGAUGCGACCGCUCCGCCAGCGAAGAAAAGUCGCACCAAUACCCCUUGGACUCCGGCAGAGGAGCAUCGCUUGAAGCAGAUGCGCGAUGCGGGUAACAGUUGGGCUGAGAUUGCCAAGACCUUCCCUACCCGCACUGAAGGCUCCGUCAAGAAGCACUGGUACAAGGAUAUGCACUAUGCCGAGUUUGCUGAGGAUGAGAGUGCCGCCCUUAUGAACGCCAUCAAGGAGUACGAGAACAACAAGUGGAAGGCCAUUGGCGCUAAGGUCGGCAAGCCGGCCAAGGCUUGCGAACAGUAUGCUAAGGAGCAUUUCCCUGAACUCUUUGCGCCUCAGAAGGCUCGCUAGAGAUGGACGACAACGUCAUAUCCGACAAGACAAGAGUCUGAUUGCCAGUAACGAGCUUUGCAGAGCUGUCCGCUGUCUGCGGCGUGGUCAGCAAAACUACUCUCAUAAGGAAUACAUCUGCUUUGGCUCUCGUGACCUAGGCGGCUGCGAGGCAACUCUCUGGCAAUCACAGUCGGAUGACCUGGUAGCCUCGGGUUCCUUGGGUUUCCGACAUCUCCAGGCCAGACCAUAUAAAACCAUCAAAGUCAGGCUUUUAGUUUAGUCAUUGGCGUUCUGGGUUGCAAGAUCAAUAUCUGGUAGACACGUCUUUGGUGUCUGCCAAAGGUGGGCAUUUAUUUGUCCGCCAAAUUGGGAAUGGAUGAAGAAAGAAGAAUUUCAAUCGAAUCGAAGAAAAGUUUCAUUGUUUCCUUAUUUUCUCUUGGGCUUGGACUUGUCUAUUUCGGAAGUUGGGAGAAAGGAUGGAAGGCCUUGUUAUGGAAAAAGAUUUCUUGCUUUGCUUGCGCGCGCGGGCGAUGGGUAUCAAUCGUCGCUUGGUUCACAAACUCUCUCCUCUUGCUUUUAUUGAUGUGUUGAUGUCGAUGUUGUUGUGUUGUGGAUGUCGUGAACAUGGAGUGUUGAUGUGACGAAGGGUAGAGGGUUAGGAAGGGGUGAAUAUAACUUUCUUGCGGAGGAAAUUGCUCGACGACUUGAUGGGGUUUCCAAAUCUAAACAGAUUACAGUUCCAGGUUGAAGCUGGAUGUUGUGGUCUGAUGGUCAAGGGAUCCCCGGGGAAGGACUUGGUUGAAGGUUAGAGAGAUUGAUCUUGUUCUUGUCGAUAGUCAAUGUUAGUGUAGUCUAGCGGGAGGGUACGUCGGGUAGUAGCAGGUUAGCAGGUUGGUAGUUAGUCGUUGUCGUUGUCGUCACUGAGUUGCUUUAUACCCCUUUGCGUUCAUGAC